AUGGUAUUGACGUCGAGCAAUGCCUUCAACCCCCCACGCCAACACAUUUCCUUCUACAACAAUAUCGCCACCGCGCUGGUCAAAGAGGUCGCCCCGGGGACAGAUUUCCUGAUCAUGGGAAGCUCGUAUGUAGACGAACUGGGGAAUGCGCACGUUUACGUCUCGCAAACGCUUAAUGGCAUGGCAAUUAAAGCGGCAAACAUAAAUGUCAAUCUGCGACCAAACGGCUCCGUCAUUUCGUACGGAGAUAGUUUCGUCCGAGACCUGGCACCGCAACACAAUCCGUUGGCGAAGCGUGAUUUUAUCAGCGGCCUUCAAGCCGCGGAGCAUAUCACGCAAAAACUUCAGAUUCCGAUCAAAGUUUCCGGGGCUGACAUUGAGCGUCUCGAAGGCCCCGAGACUUAUCGUAUCACGACCUCGACUAACGGCACUGGCACUUUGAGGGCGAGCUUGCAGUACGUCCAGGCAAAUGGCGUUCCGAAACUGUCUUGGUGUGUAGAAGUCAUCUCCAAGGAAGGCUGGCUGGAGACUUGCGUCGACGCCAACAAUCCGCAGGAGAUCCUCGCCAUCGUGCACCCGAAUCACAGCGCCGCCAAUGGAGCGAGAUACAAUGUGAUUGCGCCCCCGGGCAAAGAUCCGUCCGAGGCUCCGAGUCGCCUUGCCACUGAGCCCAUUCAAGCAGCGCGCGGCUGGGCUACUGAGAGCCAGGGCCACUUGGUCUUGCAAGGCAACAACGCGCGUAUGCUUAUCGAGGGCCAGCCUGCCCAGAUUGCGGCUCAGGGCAAUACCUUCAACUUCCGUUACAGCGAGCAGGCACCGUCCGCGGAAUCGCUCAAGGCAUGUGCCACAAACGCGUUCUAUGUGGUAAACGACAUGCACGAUGUCUUGUCCACCCUGGGCUUCACAGAAGAGUCCGGCAACUUUCAGGCCACCAAUUACAAAGCCAAUGGCAGAGGCGCAGGGGACCCCGUCUUGAUUGACGUGGUAUAUAGCAGCGACAUGAACAUAGGCCCUAACUUUCAGGCGGGCCCGGACGGCCAAAGCCCACGCAUGAAUCUUGUCCUUAUGACAAACGAUGAGAGAGCGCGCCUCCCCUGCAUGGACAACUUUAUUGUCAUUCACGAGUUUGUACACGGCGUGUCAAAUCGUCUCACAGGUGGUCCCGACAAUCCGGCGUGCCUUACCCCAGUUAUCCUCUCAGCGUGGAUAGUUCGAGAUCCGAAUGGAAUACGCUCGCAUCCGUACUCGACAGACCUCAAAGUAAAUCCCUUGACACUGGAAGAUCUGGGCUACCGGCAGGAAAUGCACGACGCAGGCGAAGUCUGGUGUACCAUGCUCAACGAGGUCAUGUGGGCUUUGAUUAGAGUAAUGGGCAGGGGCAAUAGCACUGUUCCGGAGCUGAACGAGAAGGGUGUCGCCACAGAUGGGAGGUUCUUCGCCGUGCAGCUUGUCAUGGCCGGGAUGAAGAUGCAGCCAUGCAAUCCUGGGGUCUUCGAAGCCCGGAAUGCCAUCAUGGACGCGCUGGAAUCGAUCGCUGGCGAUAAGUUUUCCUGUGCCGUGUGGACUGCCUGGGCGAAACGGGGAUUCGGCGCAGGGGCACAACGAGGGCAGUUUGUCAACGACUUUACCGGCCACAGGGUCCAAAUCCUGGUCCUUUCCCAGGGCCGCAAGGUCCGUUUCCGGGGCCACAAGGUCCAAAUCCUGGUCCGCAAGGUCCUUUCCCUGGGCCACAGGGUCCGGUCCCGGGGCCGCAAGGUCCUUUCCCGGGGCCACAAGGUCCAAAUCCUGGUCCUCAGGGUCCAUUCCCUGGGCCGCAAGGUCCGGCUCCCGGGCCUGAGCCCGGGGGCCUAG